CGGGGGCACACGUGGCUGCUGGGGGACCCCGGCUGCGGGGGCUCCGUGGCUGCGGGGGGACACGUGGCUGCUGCGGGACCCCGGCUGCUGGAGGUCCGUGGCUGUGGGAGGACCCACGGCUGCUGUGUGUCCACGGCUGCCGGGGCACGCAGCACCUUAGGGCCACCUGUCCUCCCCUGCCUUUCCACGGGCGUCACGGCUGUGCUGGGGCGAGGAGGCAGGCCCAGGGCACCUCUGACAUCCCCCAGCUGCUGGGGCGGGGAGGGAGGGAGGGAGGCUCCAGCCCCCGGCAUCCGGUACCCGACAAAGAUCUCGGGGUGGGUGGCGUGUCGUGGUGAGGAGCUCUCUCCACAUCCUCUCCUCUGAGCGGGGAAAAGAGCCGCCACUACUUCGUGCCAUGUGGAGGGGAAGGGCCCUGGGCGUCUGGGUGCUCCUCGCCAGCCUGGCCGUGGCCAGCUGGGGCUUCCAAGGACAGAAAGUAAUUGUGAAAGAAGCCAGUGGGAAGGUGUUCCUGCAAUGUGUGGGCAGCCAAAGUGAAGUCAUAUGGAAGAAAGAUGAGACUGAGAUGGGAAACACAACACAGCUGGACUUGGGUGCAAUUUACGAUGAUCCCAGAGGCAUCUAUACAUGCACAAUGGGCGGACAGCAAAGUCCCUCUCUCCAGGUGCACUAUCGAAUGUGCCAGAACUGCAUCGAAGUGGACGCUCCCACCAUCUCAGGGAUCGUGGUCGCAGAUGUCGUGGCCACCGUCUUCCUGGCAGUUGCUGUGUAUUGCAUCACCGGCCAGGACAAGGGACGCAUGUCACGAGCUUCUGACAGGCAGAACCUGAUUGCCAACGAGCAGCUCUACCAGCCCCUUGGCGAGCGGGACGAUGGACAGUACAGUCGGCUGGCACCUGCCAAGGCCCGCAAGUGAAGUGGGAAGACGCUGGGGCCCAUGGCUUCUUCACACCAGGAGUGAUAUUACAGCAAAGUCACCACCAGUGCCUUCGUAAGAUCAGUGCUCGUAGAAGACAGUGCGGGUUUGUGCCUAGAGAGCCCUCCAGCUCUUUGCCACGAUGGGCUGCUUGUAGCACUCUGCUUUUUCUGUGACCUGUUGCACUUCUGUAUCCCUCUGAUUAAAGAUGAGCCUAUCCCAUA